GCGGCCCUCGCGGCAGGUUCCGGGCGUAAGGGCAGUUCGUGAUGGCGGGGACUGGUUCCGCCGCUGUGUCCGGGGCAGGGACUCCGGUGGCGGGGCCUGCAGGCCGCGACCUCUUCGCAGAGGGGCUCCUCGAGUUCCUGCGACCGGCUGUGCAGCAGCUUGACUCUCACGUCCACGCAGUCAGGGAGAGCCAGGUAGAGCUCCGGGAACAAAUUGACAACCUCGCUACCGAACUGUGCCGUAUCAACGAAGAUCAGAAAGUGGCCCUGGAUCUCGACCCCUAUGUAAAGAAGCUACUUAAUGCCCGGCGACGAGUUGUCUUAGUUAACAACAUCCUACAGAAUGCCCAGGAACGGCUGAGACGGUUAAACCACAGUGUUGCCAAGGAAACAGCACGAAGGAGGGCAAUGCUGGAUUCAGGAGUUUACCCCCCUGGUUCCCCAAGCAAGUAACAGGCCAGAAGAUGGACCCAUGACCACAGAAUAGCACAAAUACUAUACCCUGGCUGCCAGUUUCCGCCAGGAUUCCCUGUAGGUGUUGGGACAUCAGAAAGGCAGCCCUGUGGUUUGUGUUUGAAGCACUUAAAAGUCCUUCUUAUUUAUUCGGGGCCUAAAGAAACUCCGGUAUAGCAGGACUCAGGAUCCCUGAGGAUUUAUUAUGGCUCUUGCUUCCAAGAAUGAGCUGAGGCCUCUACAUUUGACUUUUUUAAGCUACAUACUUAGGCCCACCUCCUCUACCUUCUUUGAGACUCAUCAAAGAAGGGGCUGCCUCUGCUACAUGCCAGGCUGUUGGGACCUGUCCUCUGCCUGUGACUUCCAAUUUUCUUUUGUCUACACAGAGGAUUUAGAGUAAAGGACAGGCAAAGUCACAGUGAAUGACCCAUCUAUCCUCUUUUGUUGACUGCACUGGCUUGAGCUACUGUAGCAGUAUUAGAAUCAUUUAAUUCAAUAAAUGGUUAAACAGUA